CGCGGGGCGGGCGGCGCGGCUGCAGCGGACCGAGAAGGGGCUGCGAGCGAAGCGGCGCGGCGGACGACUUAGGGCCGGGGCAGGGCAGGCGGUGGCUCCCGCCCGAGCCUGGGGAGUAGCGUCGGGCUGAGGCGAGACAGCCCACUAGAGCCCAGCUCGGCGCCCGGCAGCCUUCGACGCGAUGUUCCGCCGGAGCUUUAAUCGUUUUUGUGCUGGAGAAGAGAAACGAGUUGGUACACGCACAGUAUUUGUUGGCAAUCAUCCAAUUUCAGAAACAGAAGCAUACAUUUCACAAAAAUUUUGUGAUAAUAGAAUAGUCUCAUCUAAGUAUACACUUUGGAAUUUCCUCCCAAAGAACCUGUUUGAACAGUUUAGAAGAAUUGCAAAUUUUUAUUUUCUCAUCAUUUUUCUUGUACAGGUUACAGUAGAUACACCAACUAGCCCAGUUACCAGUGGACUUCCACUUUUCUUUGUUAUAACUGUUACAGCCAUCAAACAGGGAUAUGAGGAUUGGCUGAGGCACAGAGCUGACAAUGAAGUCAACAAGAGCACUGUUUACGUUAUUGAAAAUGGAAAGCGAGUGAGAAAAGAGAGUGAAAAAAUCAAGGUCGGUGAUGUAGUAGAAGUACAGGCAGAUGAAACCUUUCCCUGUGAUCUUAUUCUUCUAUCAUCCUGCACAAUUGAUGGCACCUGUUAUGUUACUACAGCAAGUCUUGAUGGGGAAUCCAAUUGCAAGACACAUUAUGCGGUACGUGACACCAUUGACCUGUGUACAGCCGAAUCCAUUGAUAGCCUCAGAGCAGCAAUUGAAUGUGAACAGCCUCAACCUGACCUCUACAAGUUUGUUGGCCGAAUCAAUAUCUAUAGUAAUAGUCUUGAACCUGUUGCCAGGUCUUUGGGACCUGAGAAUCUUUUGUUGAAAGGAGCUACACUAAAAAAUACCAAGAAGAUAUAUGGAGUUGCUGUUUACACUGGAAUGGAAACCAAAAUGGCAUUGAACUACCAAGGGAAAUCUCAGAAACGUUCUGCUGUUGAAAAAUCUAUCAAUGCCUUUCUGAUUGUGUAUUUAUUUAUCUUACUGGGCAAAGCUGCAAUAUGCACUACUCUAAAGUAUGUUUGGCAAAGUACCCCAUAUAACGAUGAACCUUGGUAUAACCAGAAGACCCAGAAAGAGCGGGAGACUUUGAAGGUUUUGAAAAUGUUCACCGACUUCCUGUCAUUUAUGGUUCUAUUCAACUUUAUCAUUCCUGUCUCCAUGUAUGUCACAGUAGAAAUGCAAAAAUUCUUGGGCUCCUUCUUCAUUUCAUGGGAUAAGGACUUUUAUGAUGAAGAAAUUAAUGAAGGAGCCCUGGUUAACACAUCAGACCUUAAUGAAGAACUUGGUCAGGUGGAUUAUGUAUUUACUGAUAAGACUGGAACACUUACUGAAAACAGCAUGGAAUUCAUUGAAUGCUGCAUAGAUGGGCAUAAAUAUAAAGGUGGAACUCAGGAGGCUGAUGGACUCUCUCAAACUGAUGGACCCUUAACAUAUUUUGACAGAGCAGAUAAGAAUCGAGAAGAGCUCUUUCUGCGUGCCUUGUGUUUAUGUCAUACUGUAGAAAUUAAAACAAAUGAUGCUGUUGAUGGAGUUACAGAAUCAGCUGAAUUAACCUAUAUGUCCUCUUCGCCAGAUGAAAUAGCUUUGGUCAAAGGAGCUAAAAAGUAUGGGUUCACAUUUGUAGGAAUGCAGAAUGGCCUUAUGACAGUAGAGAACCAAAGAAAAGAAGUAGAAGAGUAUGAACUUCUUCACACCUUAAACUUCGAUGCUGUCCGCCGUCGUAUGAGUGUAAUUGUGAAGACUCAAUCAGGAGACAUACUUCUCUUUUGUAAAGGAGCCGACUCAGCAGUUUUCCCCAGGGUGCAAAAUCAUGAAAUUGAGUUAACUAAAGUUCAUGUGGAACGUAAUGCAAUGGAGGGGUAUCGGACACUUUGUGUAGCCUUCAAAGAAAUUGCUCCAGAUGAUUAUGAAAGAAUUAACAGACAGCUCAUAGAGGCGAAAAUGGCCUUACAAGACAGAGAAGAAAAAAUGGAAAAGGUUUUUGAUGAGAUUGAGACAAACAUGAAUUUAAUUGGAGCCACUGCCGUGGAAGACAAGCUACAAGACCAAGCCGCUGAGACCAUUGAAGCCCUGCACGCAGCAGGUCUGAAAGUCUGGGUGCUUACUGGGGACAAGAUGGAGACAGCCAAAUCUACCUGCUAUGCCUGCCGCCUUUUCCAAACCAGCACUGAGCUUUUGGAACUGACCACCAAAAGCAUCGAAGAAAGCGAACGGAAAGAUCGAUUACAUGAGUUGUUGAUUGAAUAUCGUAAGAAGUUGCUGCAUGAAUUUCCUAAAAGUACUAGAAGCCUUAAAAAAGCAUGGACAGAACAUCAGGAAUACGGAUUAAUCAUUGAUGGUUCCACAUUGUCUCUCAUAUUAAAUUCUAGUCAAGACUCUGGUUCUAACAAUUACAAAAGCAUUUUCCUACAAAUUUGCAUGAAGUGCACUGCAGUGCUCUGCUGUCGGAUGGCACCGUUACAGAAAGCCCAGAUUGUGAGAAUGGUGAAGAAUUUAAAAGGCAGCCCAAUAACACUGUCGAUAGGCGACGGUGCCAAUGAUGUUAGUAUGAUCUUGGAAUCCCAUGUGGGCAUAGGCAUCAAAGGCAAAGAAGGUCGCCAAGCAGCCAGGAAUAGCGAUUAUGCUGUCCCAAAGUUUAAACAUUUAAAGAAACUGCUGUUGGCUCAUGGACAUCUAUAUUAUGUGAGAAUAGCACACCUUGUACAGUAUUUCUUCUAUAAGAACCUUUGUUUCAUUUUGCCACAAUUUUUGUACCAGUUCUUCUGUGGAUUCUCACAACAGCCGCUGUAUGAUGCCGCUUACCUUACGAUGUACAAUAUCUGCUUCACGUCGUUGCCCAUCCUGGCCUACAGUCUUCUGGAACAGCACAUCAACAUUGACACUCUGACCUCAGAUCCCCGGUUGUAUAUGAAAAUUUCUGGAAAUGCCAUGCUACAGUUGGGCCCCUUCUUAUAUUGGACAUUUCUGGCUGCAUUUGAAGGAACAGUGUUCUUCUUUGGGACUUAUUUUCUUUUUCAGACUUCUUCCUUAGAAGAAAAUGCAAAGGUAUAUGGAAACUGGACUUUUGGAACCAUUGUCUUUACAGUCUUAGUAUUCACCGUAACUCUGAAGCUUGCCUUGGAUACUCGUUUCUGGACAUGGAUAAACCACUUUGUGAUUUGGGGUUCUUUAGCGUUUUAUGUAUUUUUCUCAUUCUUCUGGGGAGGAAUUAUAUGGCCAUUUCUCAAACAACAGAGAAUGUAUUUCGUAUUUGCUCAAAUGCUAUCUUCUGUGUCCACAUGGUUGGCCAUAGUUCUUCUAAUAUUUAUCAGCCUUUUCCCUGAGAUUCUCCUGAUUGUAUUAAAGAAUGUAAGAAGAAGAAGUGCCAGGAGAGAUCUGAGCUGUAAAAAGGCAUCUGACUCAUUAUCCACCAGACCUUCAGUCAGACCUCUUCUUUUACGAACAUUCUCAGACGAAUCUAAUAUAUUGUAACAGAAUCCGAAUCUUGAACUGCCUAUGUUAUUGUCCUACAAGCAUAUUGACAGUGGUUACAGCUAAAAGAGAAAGCAUGAAGAAACAACUACAAAAAGUUAUCAUCUCAGGAUACUUGAUAUGCAACAAACUAAACCACUAUCUUAUGUCUAAGGUUCAGAAUAAAUACUUGUCCACUAAAAUACCAAAUGACUCUCUUAAGCAUUUACAGUUAUUGUGAGUAGCCGUUAUGGCCAAAGCUCUAAGUUAUGAAUUAUAUGAAAGUUGAAAACAAGAACAAUUAGAAUUUCUGGCUUUAAAAUAACUACCAAAUGGGUGCUCUUUUAACCCAUAAAGUCUGAAUGGAUUUAAAUACAAUAGUAUAAGGUAGAAGUCAUGCAAUGGGAAUGAAUAGAUUUUGCUAAUACUACUUUUUUUGCCUGGCAGAAGAAAUAGGCUGUUUGGAUCACAUUUCUUGUUCCUGCUGAAUGAUAAUCUAAAUUAUUUUUUUCAACAUAUGAAAGGAAUACUUGAAAAUAUAAGAGGACUAAAUCAAUGCAUCAGAUAGUUAAUCCUUUCUGUUCACCCACGUGCUAAUUUUGUCUUGAUAGAAUAUCCUUGUCCAAAAAUACCUUGAAAUGUGGAAAGAAUGUUAACCCUGAGUAUUUUUGCACAAAUCAAAAGAAAUUAUUUAUUUUUGUUCUUCUGAAUUACACUUAAUGGGUGUAAGGCUGCUGGAUUUGAAAAGAAAGCAUUUCCAAUCAAUUAGCCCCUCAAAAUAGUUAAGAUAUAACAGAUUUUUCCAGUAUUAGUUUUACUGGGAUCUGAGGCAAGGUGAGCAAAACUGCAGUUACAUAAAAAUAAAGACCAUUCUGAACAUCAGUCUUUUAUAAUUUUUUUGUGGAGAGGAAGGAAGAAUAGCUUAAUUUCAAACUGUUAACGGUUUUUAUUUGAAAGAGGUUGCAUCUGUGCAUACGUGCAGCACUUUUUUUUUAAACUUGCCGAUUUGGGAAGGAGGAAGGGUGCAUAGCACGACUCUGAACAUGGAUGUUGUCUCUCUUAGCAGACUUGGCGAGGGUCUAACCCUAAACCACGAGACUCACCUUGGUAAAGUCCUUGACUUACUGGACUAGAGGGAGGUUUUAGCCUCCUAAGGAGUUCACUUAAAACAUAAAAAUAAAUGUGACGCGUCUUCAUUAAAUGUUAAACACACACUUUUUUUUGGAUAUAAGUGACUACAUUUGACUACUAGAUUGAAAUGGUCUUUUAAAAGGUAUUUUCUUACCAGUUUCCAUUUUUGGUUGUCUUUCUGGCAUGCCUGUACUAUUAUUAGUGUCUGUAUUGCACCUUGAUUUGGAAAAGUAUUGGAUUCAGUCUAUACCGAUGUUUUUAUAAAGUCCAUAUGGCACAUUUGAUUCUUCCAUUUAUAUUUUGUGUUAAUGUUUAGGUGUGAUUUUUUUCUUAAAUUCUAGAAGGGGCAUAAUUUCAGUUAUCAGAAACCAAUCCAUCAGUACUGACCCUUUUUCAUUAUUUCAUUUGUUCUCAUCUAUCAGUAUUAUUUCUGAGUAUUUUGUUAGGUGUCAUCACACCUUCCUAAGUGUGCUGUGGUCUAGUAGCCUAGUAUUUGAGGUAGUCUGCUGAAAACCAAGUCAAUAUAUUCUUUACCUAUUCCAAAGAGCUAAAAAAUCAGACCCAGGAAAGCUGUCAGUGUUUUGUUGUUGUUGUUGUUGUUCUUGUUUUUAUAGUUGUUACUGUAUUGUUAUUGUCGUUUUACAUGAGAAUUAUAGGGACUGUGAAUACAAAGAUCCCACCUUAACUAGAGAGGCUUGUUUAAUGCAGACCAUUGGAGAUUUGACAUAAUCAGAAUAUCUGGCGUUGUGGACAUAUAACGGGUGGCAUGAAAAAUUCCUUGCAGCCUGGAAGAAAGACAGGUAAGGGGGAUUUAGAGUCGUGUCUUAUAAGCUACACAUUACACUGCAGCUCAAAUUCACGAUGGCAGUGAUGUGCAAUAUCAUGGCCUAGAUCCUUGAGAGAGACCUGACUUUACUUUUUGAAAGAUUUUAUUAACGAACAAAAAAAUGGUUACCGUGGGGUUAGCAGAUGGAAUAACUUGCAGUAAGCCAUCCACUAUUCCUAUCACUACAAUCUAACCACCUUGUUCUGUGUCAGAGAAAGGGGUAAAAUGUAAUAACAGGAUCAUAUACCCAUCAUUUGAAUAAUUUUGAACUACAAAAUGUCCUUGUAGUUUUCACAACUGUUGUCCAUUGUUUGAGGAUGUUACCUACGAAACUGAAAACAUAAAUUCCAUAUCUACACAUUUACACCAGCAAGAGUAUAAAAUAUAAGCCUAAAUUUGCAAAAUCCAUAAUAAUUUAGUGAUGGAAUUUUUUAAGAACAUGCAGUAUAUAAAUGCAGAUUUUAUGCAAGUGUUGACAAAAUCAUUUUUCAGCUUGCAAAAUGGGAUUACAAUAUUACAUUUUUCACUUCAGCAAUUUUUUACAUCGUUGUUGCUUUCUAUAAUGAAUGUGAAUGCCAUCUUUUAUGAAUGCAACUUGCCUUUUUCAUUACAGAAAUUUUG